GGAAGUGACGCCCGUAAUGGUGAGACAGAUUCAAGGAAGAUUUGAGCAAAUCGCACGGUGAGCUGGACGGGGGUCGUGCCGCCGCUAUGAGCUGCACCAUCGAAAAGAUCCUGACAGACGCCAAAACGCUGCUGGAGAGGCUGCGGGAGCACGAUGCGGCCGCCGAGUCGCUGGUGGAUCAGUCGGCGGCCCUGCACCGCCGGGUGGCGGCUAUGCGGGAGGCGGGGACCGCGCUUCCGGACCAGUAUCAAGAGGACGCAUCCGAUAUGAAGGACAUGGCCAAAUACAAACCUCACAUUCUGCUGUCCCAAGAGAACACACAGAUUAGAGACUUGCAGCAGGAAAACAGAGUUGACAAAAUUGCACAUCCUAUAUGUAUUUCCAAGGCAAUACUUUUAACAGGAGAUUUAUCCCGUGCUGGCCUAUUAACAAUAAAGUCUGAAAUUGAGAGUCAGAUUGACAGAAUCUGUGAAAUGGGAGAAGUGAUGAGGAAAGCAGUUCAGGUGGAUGAUGACCAAUUUUGUAAGAUUCAGGAAAAACUAGCCCAAUUAGAG